UUCACCCCCUUCUUCUUUACCUUUGUUCUUUUCGCGCGCGCGGGAUCCUUGGCGCGUCUUGCUGUGGUUUCUGGACAGUCGCCACCCAGCAGCGAACGGUGCCGGACGAGUGGGGCGGUGCUAGACCGUGGCCCCGGUAACUGGCGUUUUCACCUCUAUCGAUCACGAGCUCUAUCACGAGCUGUUCUGGGCUUAUGUCUCAUUCUUCUGUGUUCCUCUUCCUGUUGUCAUUUUUGCUACGUGUCUACGUGUCUUCACAUUCUUUAUCGUGCCACUGUUCGGCAUUUUGACCACCCCCACCCUGCCUCCUCACGACUCGACGGCGCGUGAACCCGUGACCCUGCUGCGCCAGUGUGCGGCCAUACCCUCUACGGAGCACCAAGAGCGGGGCCCUGUGAGCAGGGGGUCACGUGACCAGCGACCUAGCCACGCCUCGUGCCUGGACGAGAGGAAGAAAGGGGGUCCAGCUGGACGAGAGAGGGAGAGAGAGAGGGGGGGUCGGCGUUGGCACGCAUGACCAGAGGGCGGGCUGCCACCAGCAAACACCCCGAACGGACGCUUGAGCGGUCACCCCGCGGCACGUGUGGGUGUUGUGUUUUGUUCACGAUUACUGUGACUCGCCUGUGCACAGGACAGCCCCCUCGUGCAGCUCAUGCUAAGACCGGUAAUCAAGUAAAGCAAGCACGAGUAGUCAGAGUUGUCUGCCCAGUGAAUGGAGGACCUCGAAAAUGGACUACGGUACCCUAAAAAGAACACCAACAAGAAAAAAGUGACAAGAUGCCCACCAAAAGGCCCACCACAGUUCAUCAAAAUUACUAUCAUAUAAUAUCGAGGGACUUUCUGUGGACGGCACACUAUCAUGGCAGCCGCAGACAUGGCUUCUGCUCAAAUAAACAUGACAUGUGCAAUAUGCACAGAAGUUUUUACAUCUCCGAGAUUCCUGCCCUGUCACCACACCUUCUGUCUAGAGUGUCUGGAGCAACUGGCAAAUCGCUAUGGAAACACCAUCCCGUGUCCUACCUGUAGAACUCCCUUUGUAGUACCGCCAGGUGGUGUGUGUGAUCUACAAGUCAACUUCUACUUCACGGACGAAGCUCUGGAGCAGGCGCGUAGUGAUGAAAACCAUUCAAAGUGUCCUGUUCACACUAAAGAACGUGUUCUAUUUUACUGUGCCCAGUGUGACCAAGCCAUCUGUAUGAGAUGUAAGCUGACUAAACACGAUGGGCACGUUACCGAAGAUCUGUCCGAGACCGCAAGUCGUUGUCAGCAAACCAUUAAACAGGAAAUGCAUCGUCUAGAGGAAGCCAUUGCCUUCUUGACCAACAAUGUUUUAGAAUGCUUGAAAGAAAAUGAGAAACGAGCCCGAGAGAAGCGAAAUGGAAUCUCGAAACAGAUUCAAGACCGGUUUGACUUUAUUGUAGCAAUGGCACAAGAAUAUCGUUACCAAGCACAGCAACAACUGGAAGAAAUCUCCGAUAGUUUGGAAGAAGAAAUGGCUGCUGACACACAGCGAGUACAAGGCGAACUUGACUCCCUUCUUCAGCUUAAAAACCGCACCACACUGGCCCUGACUUCGGCCAGUGACACAGAGGUCCUGCAGGUGGAGAAAGAGAUAACAAAGGGAAAAGGAAGCUUCGAGCGCCUAAAAGAACUUGAAGACAGACUGCCUGAUAGGCGUUUCUGUCCCGGCCUCCAUGGCGACUACACCAACGACAUUAAAGAGGACAUCAAGAGGUUCAUUGGGACCCCAGUCAGACUGGACUUUCCGAUUGUACAAAACGUGGACAUGGAAUGCCUUGGUCAAUGUGAUGAUUGGGAAUGUAGGGAAGUGCACGCUCUUCGGCAAAGAGAGGAUAAAAGUAUUGAUGUCAUUUAUGGAGGAACAGGAGGUGACUUUUCCAAAGAGAUAUACGCGAUCUGGAGGUUUGCAAGCUCUAAAGUUAUAGUUCACACAUGUGAAACACGGAUGUCAUGCGUCACACGUAAACCUUAUAUUUGGGAAUGGAAAGACUCGGAGAUCAGGACACUUGGUUCAAAGAGUACAAGCGUAUUUGGUAUUUUUCAGGAUUAUGUAGAGGGCUUAUGUUGUAUUAGUCCAAUGGAGCUAAAAGAAAAAGAUGGAAAGGAAAUAUCUGCUUCAGGUGAACCUCUGCUUUUUCCAGGGGUAAAAAAAAAUACAUAACUUUGACGCAAGCCUUCAUGGUUCUUUCUUUGCUGUGGUAGACGAAGAGGAGCAUCAAGACGAAGAUGAAAAUUCAUGUUUUGAAGCAAUAAUGAGUAAGGAGAAUGCACGACGAAAUGGUUACCGCGUCGUGCGACUUUACUCUAGGAUGUCUAAUGACCCCAUAGCGACCUACGAGUCACCGAAGCAACCCUUCUUCCCGACAGACGUCUGCUUCUAUAACGAAAAUUUGCUGCUGAUCGCUGAUUGGAUGAACGACUGCGUGCACGUGACAAACGUCAGUUUGACUGACCUGACUGACCUGUUCGUCUGCUACCUGCCCGGAAGUGGAAACAUUGUGAGGCCCACAGCUCUGAACCUUGACCUUAACGGCCGCUUGCUUAUUGGAUGUGGCGAUGGUUUGGUCCUGAAAUAUCCUGGUGACAUUUCUGAACUGUAUUGACCUUUCUGCCCUUACACAUUUCAACUACUGUCUACUCACCAUUCAACGCUCCUGUUCACCUGAAGGCUACGGGACAAAAGCACGUGACGGGGCUGUGGUCAUUUCUAUUUUUAGCGUUUCUCAUUCAGCCGCUGUUUAGGUUUGUGGAUUCCAUAUGCACUCGAUUUUUAAAAGAGAAUGGUUUAAAAUGUUUUACAGAAACAGUGGUACAUACUUGCUUUUUAUUACAGACUUUGAUGUUUCGUGUUUUGUCAAGGUGUAUGGUAAUUCACUCCUGUACAGUGUUCUGGAUAUCUUAGUUUACUGUUCUCACAUAUAUCAUAUAACUAAACAUUUACUACUGAAACAAUGUUGAAUUAGAACGCCUAUAACCUUUAUUAUUUUUGCUGAUAAAUCACUGUAUUUUUUGUUUAAUUUAGUAAAUUAUGCUAAUUAUUCAAAUAUUUUUCAUUUCUAUGUUUUUGACGAAAGGAGAAAAAGUCUGUACGGCAAACCAGUCGUUUCAUUUUGCCAAUCCGCAGAAAAUGUCAUUUCGCGGCCAAAAUAUUUCUUUUAGAAUCUGAUAUAAUCUUAUAAAAGACUGAAAAUAGUUGACUAAUAUCGUGGGGAUUACUGAGCGUAUGUGCUUUGGUUUUGCUUUUUUAACAAGAAUUUCAAUUCUUUAUUUCACAUCUUAGCUCGUGUAAAUUGUACUCAUUAGUUCUAGUAUAUUGCAGAGAAAGAUCUGUGGAUACAAUUUUUUGUGUUGAUGUGUUACUUUAGAAUGCUAGCGCUGCAAAGAGCGCUUAAAGCUGAGAAAAAGUUGCAUCGAAAUGUAAUUAUAACUAAAUUAAAAUUUUGAUUUGAGAAAUUUAGUUCAUUUCUGUAUCUGGUUGUCAUGGUAUUUUAUUUUAUAACUUACACGUCGGUUAUCUUCUUAUUCGGAAUGAAAAAUGUCAAGUGGAUUGAUUUCAUGGUUUAAUUUUAAUUUCUUACUUAUUCGGUCUUUUAAAUGUUAAAGCAUGAAGACUGAUGCAAGUAUACAUUCAAAAAUAAAUAUUUGAACUGUU